AUGAAGGAAAGCUAUCUGCAGCUCAACAUGGCAAAGAUGGACUUCUCAUCUAGCAAAUCUAUUAAACACCGGAUCUCUGUUCAUCUUGACUCGUUAUCGCUAAAAACCUACCAAGCUCUGGCCUCGCUAGGUCAUAUGUUCUGGCGCUGCCCUAAGCAAGACCUUUUUGGUCAUUCUAGUUCUCAACAAAAAUGCAUUGUAGUAUUUGCCUUGGUAUGCUGCUUUGCAGUCCUGGUUGCCUUGAUAUUUUCUGCUGUAGACAUUUGGGGGCAGGAUGAAGACGGAAUCACAGAGAACAACUGUAACACAAACUGUCGAAUUGUUCUUGUAGAAAACAUCCCUGAAGAUCUAUAUUAUUCUGACAAUGGCACAUUAUAUCUUCCUCUUAACUUGGGACUGCUCAGCCUAUUGGAUUCAGCAGAAAAGACAGUGGAAAUUGUAUCUUCUCACUGGAAUCUAAAUGCUACAGAUAUGAAACAGAUUCACCCUUCAGCCUGGCAGGGACAGGAAGUGUUUAAAAGACUUCUAAAUCUUCAUCUGCAUCAGAAAACCCUGAAAAUAGCAAGUGAUUUGAAUCACAAAGACUCCAGUGAACUGAAACAACUUGCUAAACAUGGUGCUGAAGUUCACUACCUAAACAUGACAGCUUUAACUAAAGGACAAAUGCACGCAUCUUUCUGGGUGGUGGACAAGAAGCACAUUUAUAUCGGAAGUGCAAAUAUGGACUGGCAUUCCAUGGCACAGAUGAAAGAACUUGGUGUGAUAAUCUACAACUGCAGCUGUUUGGCCCUAGACUUGCACAGGAUGUUUACCCUUUUCUGGCAGCUCGAAUACAAAGAGUUUAUCCCAACAAUAUGGUCGAAGAGGAUUUUUGCCAUCUCUAAUAUUGAAAAACCUCACAACCUAACUCUGAAUGACACAAAUUAUGAUGUCUUUUUAUCCAGCUCUCCAAAUAUCUUUUGCCCUAAGGGCCGAACCAAAGAUAUUGAUGCCAUUUACAAAGUGAUUUCUGAUGCUCAAAGGUUCAUCUAUGUAUCUGUAAUGGACUAUUUACCUCUUAUAAACAGAAGUAACUACCAUACAGAAAAUCAAGUGCCACUACAGAGAUAUUGGUCCCGUGCUGAUGAAAUGCUCAGAGAGGUGCUUGUUUUACGCAGGAUUAAAAUACGACUUCUAAUAAGUUGCUGGAAGCAAACUCAUCCCCUGACUUUUAACUUUGUGUGGUCUCUGAUGACACUUUGCACAGAUUUGCCAAAUUGCAGUCUAGAAGUGAAAUUCUUCACCCCAAAAGAUCAAUACAACAAUACAUUUCAGACAGUCAAUAGGAACAAAUUCGUUGUGACGGACAGAGCUGUUUACAUUGGAAACUUUGACUGGGUUGGAAAUGACUUCACCUACAAUGCAGGUGCUGGCUUAACCAUCAUCCAAAAGGGUGCAAAACCAGAUAAAACUAAUUCCACAGUGAUCGAGCAAAUGAAGGCUAUUUUUGAGUGGGACUGGUACUCUCGUCAUGCCAAAAGUUUACAAGCAAAUAAGAUUCCAGAGUGCAUUAAGCAAAAACUAAGUAAACCAGCAUCAUUUAAAAUCUCACCUGAAAGCAUGGAAGGGAAGGACAUUUUUUAAACUUACUACAGACUGGAAGUUGUAUCUCAGGUUAGUCCAAACAAUGGCUGGAUUUUAUCACUAUGGAUUUACUUACUAGGAGAUACAAAGAAGGCAGAAAUGUUUUUCAAUAUACUUUCAAAAUGUUGUCUUUUUUCCCCUCAGUGAGGAUGUAAAUUUCCAUAAAUUUUGCAUUUUAAACAAUUUUAAUAUUUUGUUAUGAAAUUUAAAGAUACUAUCUACAUGCACACAUAAAAUAUUACAUCACUCCAAUUCUCUGUUAUUUUAGAUGGUUGAUUGGGUCUGUUACACACCCUGCAGAAAAAAAGGCAGUAAUGAAGGCAUAUUCAACUUUCUUUUCCUUAAAUUACAGUUAUUUAUGCUUAAGAUUGCUAAAUCAAAACCCAGAAUUUUCUUUGUAGGCCCACAGAAAUUAGAAUUGUGGACUUCAUGUAUCCAUUAAGUUGCAUUUAUAUUUCAAUUUUAACACCAUAUGACAAGUCCCUUAAGUAAUGCUGGAAACACUCCAAACCAUUUUUAAAAUAUGAGGACUUGAACAAAGGAUUUAUUAUUGCUGUCUGUUUCUCUCUUAAUAUCAUUUUUAUUUCCCCUCCGAAAAUCAAAAUAUCUGCCUUUAAGUCAUAAGCAUAAAUAUUUUAAAUGUAAUAUACAAUCAACAUAAAUGGACAGGGCAGUUAAAGGAAAUGUCAAGCUCAUUUUGAAACU